AUGCGUGAGUGCUCACGGACCAUCGUGGUGCAGAACUUUGCCAACACAAAGAUCCAAGACAACCAGGUCUCAGAGAACUACUCUGCGCUCUAUGAGAAGAUGAGCGGACGAACGGCCUGGGAGCUCAAUUUCAGUGAUUUGGUACUCUACUGCAUCGACUAUGGCUUGCCCUAUGAACCUGGACUUCCCCUCUGGCAAGAAGGCGUGGAAACCGCGGGAUAA